GAUUUGAAGUUUGAACUUUAAACCUGUUUUUGUUCCCUUUAAGUUAUUAGUCUCUGCAGCCAUGGCGCCACGCGUGCUUCUUGUAUUGGGGAUGUUGCUCCUCACGUGCCUUGUUAAGGUUUCAUCUGAUCUGAAGAUAGAAGAAGACAUAGUGGAAGAAGAACCGCGCUUUCCUGAUGAGCCACUGAUUGUGAGAGGCAGGAUCAGAAGGCUAAUGCAAGACAUAGACUGUGGUGGGCUGUGCAAGUCGAGGUGCAGUGUUCAUUCGAGGCCCAACCUGUGCAAUAGGGCUUGCGGGACGUGCUGCGUGAGGUGCAAGUGUGUCCCACCUGGUACAUCUGGUAACAGGGAGCUCUGUGGGACUUGCUAUACUGACAUGACCACACAUGCCAACAAGACCAAGUGCCCUUAG